UCCUGAUAACAUUUUUGUAUUAAGGAUACAAAAUCGUCAUCGUAUCAUUUACUGCAUAUUACCACCUGUUGCAUCCGGAACCCAUCAUCGAAAUUCCACUAUCAACAGGUAUGUCAACACGGUUUAGUACGCAUGAGCGCGCACUCGUCACCGUCAAGGCGUUACCAUGGCGUGAAUCAAUGUACAAACAAUCGCAGCGAAAAACGAAGGCUCACAACAAACGAACUUCUAUUUUCCGCUGGAUGUUUCUCUACAAAACCCACAAACGGAUCUACCACAGCGAUGGACAUAUCAACCAAACCCGUAUUUUCCUUCUCCCUGAACUAUAAAGUGUUUGAAAAGCUGGUGACCUGCGGAAAGUAUGACGGGAUACAUUCCUGUCUGACCAUGGUCACUACCGCGGAUAAGAUUCUAAUCCACACGCCGCACAAACGGUACGGGCUGCAAAACUCGAAGCUCUCGAUUUCGGAAAUCAAAAAUGAUAUCGCGCUGCUCAACAUGAACUUUCCGAUACGGGCGAUCGUGGCCGGACGGCUGAAGAAGGACGACGAGCGUGACGUGCUGGUGAUUGGCAGUCCUUCACACGUGCUCGCGUACCACGUGGAUGAAAACUGUAACAUGUUCCAGAGAGACUUUCACGAAGGGGUGCGUUCUGCCGUGAUCGGUCCGUAUGCUUACCAUCCAGGGAAUACGUUGAUCGUUGGAGGUAAUGCCGUCGUGCGGGGCUACAAUCAAGACGGAACCGAAGUGCUGUGGCUGAUAACGGCCGGUAGCGUCGUUGCACUGCUGCUAAUCGAUAUUGAUAAGGAUGGCCAAAACGAGCUCAUCAUCGGCACGGAUGAUGGAUGUAUUCGGAUCUACAAGAAGGAAACACUGCUGCACGAGUUUACCGAGGGAAACGAGAUUCAGAAUCUGGUCGCCCUGCGUACGGGCCAGUUUAUGUACAGCGUCAAGAAUGGCACGAUCGGUGUGUUCGAGGAGAACGUGCGAAUGUGGCGCAUCAAGUCGAAGGCACGCGCAACCGCCAUGGCCACGUACGACAUACUCGGCUGCGAGGCAAAGCAGAUGAUCGUUGGCUGGAAGAGUGGCAAGAUCGAUGUACGUGAUCCACGGACCGGGGACGUAUGGUUCCGGAUGAAGAUGAACGAUUUUGUGUGUGGCAUUGCGUGCAACGAUUACCGGGGCAUCGGGUUGCUCGAUCUGGUCAUCGUCACGGCAGACGGGGAAAUCCGAGGUUAUACGACGCCUAACGUUAACAUGCUGACACUGCACAACAUUGCCGAUGAGGAGAUGAGUGCACUGUUGACCCAGAAGCAGAAGCUGCUGCUCGAGCUGAAGCACUACGAAAACAACAUCAAGUACAACAAGGAAAUUCUUAGCAAUACGAACGAAAGUAAUCUGGUGCAAAGCGUCCCGGACAAUGUGGGCAUUAUACCGUCCAACACACGGCUUCAGAUUGGCAUCUCGACCAGCUACGACAGUAACGAUAUGAACAUCGAUAUAACCGUUUCGACCAACAACUCCACCACCAUUCGGGCGGUGCUGAUCUUUGCCGACCAGUUGUUUAAGGAGGAAACGUUGAUCGCUCACCUAACGAAAGAUGUUUCGCGCAUACUGAUUCCGCUGAGGACGCUGAAGGAUAAUGCGCAAGACAUUCACAUCAAGGCGUUCGUGGGCUAUCCGAGCAGUGUGCAGUUCCAUGUGUUUGAGCUAACGCGCCAGCUGCCCAAGUUUGCCAUGUACACCAUACCGCACAAUUUGACCGGCUCGCCGAAAAGUGUGUCCUACAUUAACACACUCCCAACGAAGGAUGGCCCGGGGGCAAGUUACGUGGAGUUUCGCAUCUCGGAGCGUCUCAAGCGCAUAUGCAUCUGGGUCAAUCAGAAUUUCCUGCUACCGUCCGACAUCGAGUACAUGACAUCAGACGCUGAUGCGACCGAGCUGAACCUCAACCUGAUCAGCCUGCGGACGGCCAAAGCCGUGUGCCUCCACUUUAGCUACGAUGGCAAGACGCGCUUCUACACCGAGGACAUCGGGCUGGCCGGUGACCUCGUGCAAUCGUUGGUGCAGUUUCUCAAUAUAGACAACAUGAACUCUACGGGGUGCUUUCCGGCUGUUGCAGAAGAAGUGAAGGACCAGUUCCAGAAGCUGCAAGGUCUGCAGGAUACGGAGAAGCAGAUCAGCUCGGAAAUUGUGGAGCACAUCAAUCAGAUCAAAAGUCAUCUGAUACGGGCGGAGGAUGCCCGGUACUACAAUGGCGAAGACGUCAUUAAGUACCACAAUGAAAUGAUGGCCACAAACGAGGAUUUGGUAAAGAGCUACAAAAUCCGGCUGGUCAACACGAACGAAAUACAGCUGGCACUGAAGCGCAUCCACGGCAUCCUGUACAAUGCGUCGCGGUUACGAGCUGGAACGUUCGCGUCGGCCAUGAUCGGUCGGUUCAAGGAAGCACUCAAGACGCACAACAUUGAUGCGGUGCUUAAAAUCAUCGAGAUGGGCGAGAUGUAACCGGGCGUCGGAAUAGAAUCAAUUGAUUAACGUCCACACGGGUCGAGUCCAUCUGCCGAGAGUUGACAGUCGAUCAAACGUCACUUAACCGGUACAACGACUCGCAACUGCCAAGAGACCAACGAAGAGACACUGUAUAGUCUAGCAGAUCAUCAAACCAACACCGAAAUGGAGGGGAACUUUAUUUUCGGAUGCCACACUACCCACACUCCCAUGCAACAGCACCAUCGAAGGCUUAUUUUUGCUGAAUCCAAGGAAGGGAAAGCUCUAUCCUACGCACGUCCUCCUACGCCACCCAGGCGGAGGGGAACGAAUGGGCAGAAAUAAAUCAGACGUCGCGCCGUGCAAAGUUCGUUACCAGUUCCAGUAAAGGCAGUCCGCAAUCACCGCUGGAACUGUAACACGGGCACACACUUUCAAUAAAACACAACAUCCUACGUGAUCGUCGGCGUCGAUCGUGCACCGGUUAGGGGACCGGUCGUGAUGACUUCAUACCAACCAGUGCGCUGCACCGCUGUUCUAAUGGCACUACUUAUUAUUGACAGCACAUUUACACGGCAAACGAGUGUUUCGCGUGGCGUAUAAGGGAGUAGGACUAAUCGUUGCAACCAAACAUGUUUGAAAUACAAAACUACUUUACAAGCUUAAUAUCUUUAUUGUGUGUUACUUCC